AUGGCAGCGGCGGAUGUACCUCUUCUGAUCAUUUCGGACAACGCCCGAUCUGAACGACGUGUUUCGCCUGCUUGGACCAUAGCUCAACUGAAAGCACGCUUGGAACCUAUCACGGGCAUUCCGGCUUCUUCGCAAAGAUUGACUUUGAAGGUCGCUUCCUGGCCAGACCAAAACCUCCAAACAGUCGACGAGCAAGACACUCAGCUUGAAACGUUCACCCUUCAAAGCUAUGCAGAACUCCAUAUAGCAGAUACCCGCCCAGCAGGACUACGUGCCAAUUAUACGGAUGUGUCUGCAGUCGAGAAGUAUGAGAUGCCCCCAGAUGAGUAUGAAAGUCGGACCGACAGCGUUCUACACUGGAAGAAGACGCAUCAGCUAGGCAGAUUCGACCCCAAUGCCCCUAGCAUCGAGCAGCAAAAGGUCGCUGGCAUUGACAGAGAGAUCGACGAAAGAGGUAUCAAGAUCGAUGCACGCUGUCGUCUGCUGGCUGCGAAUCAAGGCGAGAGCUCGCUGGAGCGUCGUGGAACCAUCAAAUUCAUUGGACCUGUUCCCGAGAUACCUGGCAUCGGCUCUUGGGUUGGCGUCGCUUUGGAUGAACCUACUGGCAAGAACGACGGUACUGUUAAAGGUACGCGGUACUUCCAAUGUGGCGCCAACUGCGGUGUCUUCCUAAGGCCAGAGAGGAUUGAGGUUGGCGACUUUGACAUCAUCGACGAAUUCGGUAGCGAUGAAGAAUUUUGA